AUGGAAGUAGGGCCUUCCGAAAUGAUCCAUUCUGACCCUUCCCAGCCUGGCCAGUUGUCAUCCGCUCAAGUCAAGCGUAUAGAUCAUUCUAAGCCAGUCAUUAUUGGUCUGUAUGGUCUCCCUGGAUGUGGGAAGACGUUUUGGCUGGAUGACCUUAAGACAGUUCUCAGCAACGACGAAUUCGCGUUCUAUGAUGGCAGCGAUGUUGUUGCAGCCGUGACCCCUGGAGGUCUCGAAGCAUUUCACAAUUUGACGAAAGAGGCUCAAAACGAUUGCCGCGAACGCGCUAUAGGCAAAGUCAAGCAGGAAUCACACAACACAGGAAAGGCCGCUAUUGUGGCGGGUCAUUUCAUGUUCUGGGCCGAGGAAGAUGAAAAUGGCGAGUCAGUUUGUACACCAGGGGAUCUAAAUACGUACACCCAUAUUCUGUAUCUGGAUCCCCCCGCUGAACUCAUUGCGAAGUAUCGUUUUGAUGACGACAAACGGAGCCGUCCAAACGUAUCGAUCUCCCAUCUGACCAAGUGGAAGCAGACCGAGAAAAGUCAACUUCGUUACCUUUGCAGAUGUCAUGACAUCCUUUUUGUACCAAUCUACCCACCUCUAGAAUCUGUGAACUCACUUAUUUGUGACUUUCAUCGCCACACGGAGUCAUACAAUAUGAAUCUUGUCAAACAAAAGAUGGACGAGAUACUCGGUGCCUAUUCCACAUUGGAAACCGUCAUACUCAUGGACGCAGACAAAACUUUGGCUGAGGAAGAUAGCGGGGUGCUCUUCUGGGAGCAGGUCGGCCUUCCCCCAGCUGAGAGCAAAAACAGCGGUCCUCUGAAAGCUUUGUUCAGCGGUCCCCUAGGAUAUUCCUACACUGGUUUUCGGCAGGCUGCACUGCUAUAUGAAGAGGCUGUUAUUGGCGAGGAGUUCGAAGCUUGCUGUCAGGCUGUAUCGUCAAUGGUACAUAUGUACCGUGAUAUUGUUGGCCUCUUGCACUUGGUUCGCAAAACAAGCUAUGUGCGGGCAGUUGUUGUUACCUGUGGAAUCCGAUCUGUUUGGGAGAAAGUCCUCAAGAGGGAAGGUCUUUCGGAGACAGUCAAAGUGAUUGGUGGUGGACGCGUGGCUGACGGCCUUGUUGUCACACCCUCUGUCAAAGCGGAAUUGGUCACGUAUUUGCGUGCCUCUCGAGGCCUUCAUGUUGUUGCAUUUGGGGAUAGUCCUUUGGAUUUGGAAAUGCUCAAAGCAGCAGACCAGGCUAUUGUUAUCACCGGGGAAGAAAUAACCCGGAGCAAAAGCAUGGAGGUGAAGUUGGCAGAGGCUAUUGGGAAGAAUGGAUUCCAGCCAUGCCAGGCAGUCUUGGCUCCGUAUGCAACACCGCGCCUCGACAACACUCGGCUGCCGCUGGUACAGUUAACAGAUCAAUGCUUCAUCGAUUCGGUCCUCUCCAGGCGCAAAAUUCGAAGUCUGCAUGUAAUUCAUGCCACUGACCGAGCUGCAGCUAAACUGCUUAUGACACCAACGCGCGAUGCAUCUGUUUCAGGACCUGCGUUACGAGAUGUUCAUCGGCGAGUUGGAUGGUAUUUGGGAACAGAAUUCUGUACUCAAAUCAUCGGUCUCGAAUCCCACCCCAUCUCACAUGUUCAGGGCCAUCAGACUGAGGGGCAUCGGCUACUAAAUGAGAAGGCAACCUUGAUCGUGCCGCUGAUGCGCGGUGGCGAGCCAAUGGCAUUCGGGGUCAACGACGCCUUUCCAAUCGCGAUGUUCCACCAUGCAAAGCUUCCAGAGGACAUUCAACAUGACCAUCUGAAGAAUAUGGCCACAAUCAUAUUGGUCGACUCGGUGGUGAAUAGUGGCAAGUCGAUAUUGCAGUUCGUGAAACAUAUCCGCAGUCUCCAUUCAACGAUUCGCAUUGUAGUGGUUGCGGGAGUAAUACACUCGCAAACCGUUUCCACCGGCAUGAUUGCUCGGGAACUUGGCCGAUUUAAUGGACUGUCCUUUGUCGCCCUCCGUCUUUCAGACAACCAAUUCACCGGCAGUGGGACUACCGAUACCGGUAACAGGUUGUUCAACACUGUGCAUAUGACUUGA